CAAGGAAUAAAUGAGUUUCACCCGGGAAAUUAAUGAGCCCUUAAAUGGGAGACCGGGCGAGUGCUAUGUGAAUCGUACGGUUCGUGGUGAUACUUUGUGAAUAGUUAAUGUAUCCGUGAUGAGGAUCGAGAGGACGUGCUUCUGGUCGAUGCUGCAGGCCCUGGCUUUGUUACCCACCAUGGCCCUGAAAGAUGCUCAGAUGACUACAAAGAAGUUUUCCGAAGAGCCAGAAUUCGAGCGGCCAAUUGGGAAUCACACGUUUUUCCUUGGACGAGAAGCAGUUUUGGGUUGCGCUGUCACUAAUCUUGGAAAACAUAAGGUAGGGUGGCUAAGAGCGGAAGACCAGACCGUCCUAACUAUGCACGACAGAGCGGUACUCGGUGCCCGCUAUUCAGUCAGCCUGGACGCCCCGAGGACUUGGCAGCUGAGGAUCCGGCCCCUCCGUGCCGAAGAUAGAGGGUGCUACAUGUGUCAGAUAAACACACAGCCAAAUAUGAAGUGGCAAAUUGGCUGUAUCGACGUUUAUGUUCCACCAGAUAUCAUCAGUGAUGAUGCAUCAGGCGAUGUCUCAGUGCAGGAGUUGGAGAAUGCCACAUUGACCUGCAAGGCGACAGGUCAUCCCCCACCCAAAAUAACGUGGAGAAGGGAAGACCACGAACCUAUUCUGCUUAAGAAACCCAUGUCGAGGGAUUUUGACAAAGUUGAGAACUACGUGGGUAGUUCUUUACCUUUGUGGCGCGUGGAUCGACGUCAGAUGGGCGCUUUCCUCUGCAUAGCUUCAAACGACGUGCCUCCAGCGGUCAGCAAGAGGAUCACACUGCUAGUCAACUUCGCGCCUACCGUAAAAGUGCCAAACCAGUUAUUAGGUGCACCACUAGGCACUGACGUCAAACUCAAGUGCUACGUGGAGGCCUAUCCUAAUACAAUCAAUUAUUGGAUCAAGAACAGGGGAGAAAUGCUCUUAGAUGGGCCUAAAUACACCAUAAGAGAAGAGAAGGCGUCCUACAAAGUAUCCAUGUGGCUGACAAUUAGACAGUUCUCUAGGAAUGACAUCGGGACGUACAACUGUGUCAGCACGAAUUCUCUCGGCAAAAGCGAAGGGACUCUUAGAUUGUAUGAAAUAAAACUGAACUCGUACCAGGAGGACUUCAAUCAAAUCAGCGUUGCCGGAGGUCUAACGGAAGCAGCUAAAGGAGAUACAUCCAACUUCCUCCAUUCAAACAGGAUAUUUUUGUGCACGUUAUGUUUGUUCGCGUAUUUAUACAUGUUUACGUAGUUAUUUUAAGAUGUAAAUAAUAUUGUCUUUGUUGUUUUAAACUUUUGUGUCUGACGUUACAUACAUUCAAAUGUUUCUUGUUAAAUUACAAUCAUUUGAAUACAAAAGUGCUAUUAAUGAGUCAAUUAAUCACAAGUUAGUGUG